AAAAAGCGAAACCAUAAUUUGAAAUCGAAAUCAGAACCGGUGCCACCGUUCUAAUCGUUGCGUCGCCCAUCACCUCCGCCCUCCUCCGCCGCGCGACUCUCUCUUUCUCUCUCUAGAUCGCCGCUCUCCUCCGUCCCCCCGCCAAUCCCUCGCCGACCAGAUUAGGGUUUCUCUCUCUCUUCUCUCUCUCUCUCUCUCUCCCCUCUCGCGGUACCGGCGACUCCCUCUCUGUUGCCGUCGCCCGAGGAUGUCCGCGUCCACGGUGUCGAUCACCGCGAACCCCGCGUCGGCGCGGCGAAGGCCGGUGGUGCUCGGCGACAAGAAGUCCGGCGCCAACAUCGAGCUCGUCCCCGCCGAUAACGGGGCCAAUGCCGACGACCGGGCCGUCUCCGGCAACAGCAAGGAUCUGAGCCACCACUCGAUCCGCGGUGGGGAGGCCAAGGACCUGGCGGCCGUGAAGAAGGCGCUCGGGAAUUCCACGAUCUCCCCGCGCCGCGCGCGCAAGGUGGUCCCCAGGGCCGAGAAGCCCCGGUGGCUCACGGUGGUGAGCGUCUUCACGAAGAAUGUCCUGCUCCUGGUCGUCCUGCUAGGUCUGGUUCAGUUGGUUAGGAGGCUCUCCAUGGGGUCAUCGGGGAGCGUCGCGGAAUUUACGGAUUUCGAGGGGCGGAUUGCGGAAGUGGAGGGGAUGUUGAAGAAGACUUCGAAGAUGAUUCAGGUGCAGGUGGAUGUGGUUGAUAAGAAACUGGGGAGUGAGAUUGGUGGGCUGAGGAAGGAAUUCAGCAAGCAGAUUGAGGAUAACAGUGUGAUGAUGAGAACUGAUCUGAAGAAACUAGAAGCCAAGAGUGAAGCUGUGGAGCAGUCUUUGAGAGAGUUAAAGGAAGGAAAUUGGUUGUCGAAGGAAGAGUUUGAGAAGUUCAUCGAAGAAUUUAUGAAGGGAAAGGGUGGUGUAGGUGAUCAGAGUGAUGUCAGUUUAGAUGAUGUGAAGGCUUAUGCAAGAGAUGUCGUUUUGAAGGAGAUAGAGAAACACGCUGCAGAUGGGCUUGGAAGGGUAGAUUAUGCGCUGUUCUUCGGUGGAAUGGUGGUUAAACACUCAGAGCCUUAUCUCAUCGGGAAAGGAAGUACUUGGUUUUCAAUAAGCAAUCGCCAAGGUGUUCAUAGUGAUGCGGAUAAAAUGCUGAAACCCAGUUUUGGUGAGCCUGGCCAGUGUUUUCCUUUGAAAGGAAGUAAUGGCUAUGUGCAAAUUAGGCUUAGGACAGCAAUUGUUCCUGAAGCUGUUACCUUGGAACAUGUCGCAAAGAGUGUAGCAUACGACAGGUCAAGUGCUCCUAAGGACUGUAGGGUUUCUGGAUGGCUUCAAGGGCAGGCUGAUGCAGCAGCAGUUGACACUGAGAAGAUGUUUCUCUUGGCAGAGUUCAUGUAUGAUCUUGAGAAGAGCAAUGCUCAAACAUUUAGGGUCAUGGAUUUGACAGCUCCUGGUCUCAUUGAUACAGUCAGGUUAGACUUCACGUCAAACCAUGGAAGCCCCACUCAUACUUGCAUUUAUCGCCUGAGAGUGCAUGGUCACGAGCCUGAACCCGAAAUGUUAGCCAUGCAGUCUUGACAUGUCCUGGCUCUUGUUUUUCUCCUCUGUAAUUCUUGUUAUGUAUCACUUGGUUAGAUCCAGUUUUCGCUCUGAAGGGUUCUGCUUCAUGCCACCAGACUGCUUUUCCAUUUCUAGAGUUGUGAUCCCUCGUGCUUAGACAAUCUUUGUGUAACUAUAUUCAAUCGUUAAGCUUAGAUUAGUGAAUUUGUUGUACAUCGUGAGAUUUUUGCUAUUUUAGCUGUAGCAUCAAUUUGUUUCAAUAGAGAGGUAGUCCAUUCAGGGGACGCAUGACGUCAAA